AUAUAUUUAAGACGUGUUUACAAAUAAGUACGCUUGCAUUUCAGUAAAAUCUGGCUAGGCAUCACGGCUUUUGGCGGGUUAAACAUACCUUGUUAGUGUUGAAGUUUUAGCGAAAUAUAAUAAUGGGCGAUAAAGACGGUGAAACUUUUGACGAUGCUGUGGAAGAAAGAGUUAUCAAUGAAGAAUAUAAAAUAUGGAAAAAAAAUACUCCGUUUUUAUAUGAUCUUGUGAUGACACAUGCUUUAGAAUGGCCAUCUUUAACUGCUCAAUGGUUACCAGAUGUAACUAGACCAGAAGGAAAGGAUUAUUCUGUACAUCGUCUUAUUUUGGGCACUCAUACUUCGGACGAACAGAAUCAUUUACUUAUAGCUAGUGUACAAUUACCGAAUGAGGAUGCUCAAUUUGAUGCAUCUCACUAUGAUAAUGAGAAAGGAGAAUUUGGAGGAUUUGGUUCUGUUAGCGGAAAGAUAGAAAUUGAAAUAAAAAUAAAUCACGAAGGAGAGGUAAAUAGAGCACGAUAUAUGCCACAAAACCCGUGUGUAAUUGCAACCAAAACACCAUCUAGCGAUGUCCUUGUUUUCGAUUAUACAAAACAUCCAAGUAAACCAGAUCCUAAUGGUGAAUGCCAGCCUGAUCUAAGAUUAAGGGGACACCAAAAAGAAGGAUAUGGUCUAUCAUGGAAUCCAAACUUGAAUGGAUAUUUGCUCAGUGCAUCUGAUGAUCAUACAAUUUGUUUAUGGGAUAUUAAUGCACCCCCUAAAGAAAAUCGUGUGAUAGAUGCAAAAACAAUCUUUACUGGACAUACUGCUGUCGUUGAGGAUGUGGCUUGGCAUCUGUUACAUGAAUCUUUAUUUGGAUCUGUCGCGGAUGAUCAGAAAUUGAUGAUCUGGGACACAAGAUGUAAUAAUACCAGUAAACCAAGUCAUACAGUUGAUGCUCACACUGCCGAAGUGAAUUGCUUGAGUUUUAAUCCAUAUUCGGAAUUUAUUCUUGCGACUGGCAGUGCCGAUAAAACAGUAGCGCUUUGGGACUUGAGGAAUCUUAAAUUAAAAUUACAUUCUUUCGAAUCUCACAAAGACGAGAUCUUUCAAGUUCAGUGGUCACCGCAUAACGAGACGAUAUUAGCUAGUAGCGGUACAGACAGGCGUCUUCAUGUGUGGGAUCUUAGUAAAAUUGGCGAGGAGCAAUCCAGCGAAGAUGCUGAAGAUGGACCACCCGAGUUACUGUUUAUUCAUGGUGGUCAUACCGCAAAAAUUAGUGAUUUUUCGUGGAAUCCAAAUGAGCCUUGGGUCAUAUGUUCUGUAUCGGAAGACAAUAUAAUGCAAGUGUGGCAAAUGGCGGAAAAUAUUUACAAUGAUGAAGAACCAGACACACCAGCGAGUGAAUUAGAAGCUGGUGCUUCAUAAAAUGUAUAAGAAAAGUAAGCAAUUAAAUUAUUUGAUACUGGAAUUUUCUAUCAACAUAUGCGCAUUUGCGUACAUACACAUGUGUGUGUGCUCAUGCGAAACCAAUGACCCAAUUAGAUUUAAGAAGACAUUAAAGUGAAUUUAUACAUUUAAACGAAAACGAUCAUCGAGAAGCAAUAAUACCUAUUUUUAUUACCGAUCUUACGUCCGCUUGCAAACAUAUAUAUUAAUUACACACACAUUUCUAUAAUUAACUAAACAAGCGUCGCAUGUGAACUUUUAAUGUUUCUUAGAAAUAAUUGAUAUAAUAGUAUUUCAUUGAUUAUAAUAUCACGAUACAUAUUAUGUACAAACUUCUAGAAAAAUAAUUUUUUCUCUACAAAUUUCGUGAUGUGUUGAAAGUUUUUACGUUUAUAUGUAAAAUUAAGUGUGCACUGUACAAUAGAAUGAGUUUAAAAUGGUUUUCGAUGAAGUAUAGUUUCUCUUUUUUUAAUUCAAAGCAUCAUGUGUUUUAGUUUUGGUAAAUGAAGAUCGCAGGGUAUCAUUGCGAGAUGAUAGGAACACGUUUAUGUUAUUCGAAUCUUAUUAAAUGUUUAACAACUCAAGUAUUAUCCUGAACAUUUUGAUUCCAUUGGUUCUGAAUUGAUUGAAAAUUGAGUGUAAUUGUGAGCAUUUGAUGUAUUUGACAAUACCUUCUGAUAUAGUUCAUUUUCAUCUUCAACGUUAUUUCGUCGACGUGGGACGAAAUUCAAUGAAAACUGAAUAGUAAAAAUAUGUAGGAAUAAUUUGUGAUAGAAGGGAUUGAAUUUACAAUUCAUAUGAGAUGACAUUUUAUUAUUUUCAUGCUUCUUCCAUAAACGCGUAGAUAUCUUGUGUGUCUUUUGAUAUUUUAAAUAAUAAAAUACAUUACUCUUGUAAGAUUUA